AGGAGUUUUGGGGCGCGAGGAGUCGGUAUCCUCGGAGCUCGAGAGAAACGAGCUGUCCUCUGAGCGCUCGUACGAGGACUCCUCCGCGCUGACAUCGGUGCACGAAUAAAUGAACCGCAACAUGGUAAGCACUAGAACAAAACUUUUGUUGGAACAGAAGGCACACUUGUAAGUUCCAAAACCAAACACUUACACCAACCUUGUCACAGGAAAAGGAAAACUAAUAACAUUGUAGUGACCUGGUCGGUGGCGAACGGGGUACUGGUGCUCGUUGUCGUGAAGAGCCAUGGUCCGAAGUACAAAAGACAGCAGGACGACUCAAAUGAAAAUGUUGUUAAUAAAAGUAGUAACAGUACUUACCUUCUGCGUCGCGUGGAGUGAAGCCGGGGACCAAGAAUACCACAUACGCAAGUUUCAACACAAUUUCGGCGUGUACUACGAAAAAUACGGGACGAUGCUCUACGCUAGCGAAAAGUGGAGACUAGUUGUAAGAUUGGACGUAUCAACGGUAUACACAAGAACGGAACGAACGGAACGUAUGUUAGACUAUACAACGAAGGCGUGCGAAAAUGCGGCGAUAACGCGCAGGAAUAGAGAACUGUGCGAGGGGUUUGCCGCGGAGUUACGACAAAGAUUGCAAAAAGUGGAAAAAAUAGUAAAGCGCGUUAAAACUAUAGUGGGAACACAGAAACGUCGUCAAAGGGGGCUGGUUAACGCAUUAGGUUCCGUCGCGAAAAUUCUGUUCGGUACAAUGGAUGCCGAAGACGAAAAGCGAGUUUCGGAACAAGUAGAGUUGUUAAACAAGAAACUAGCUGUUUUACAGCACGUGGUAAAAAAUCAGCUGCAGGUUAUAAACGCAACUAUUGCUCACGUAGAAAACAUUGAGGAGGUCGUAGAAAGAAAUGAAAACAAGUUCAAAAACGCGAUAAUUAAAAUAACACAAAAGGUAGACAGUUACGCGCAGCAAGCCGAACUUAGCGAGUAUUUUAUGGAAUUAGGCAGCAUGAUUACAGAACUCGAGUUUGACGUGGAAAGUAUCAUGGGUUACGUCACGGACGUACAAGCGAAGUUUGCGCAGUUAGAAAUGGUACCCGUUGAAUUAAUAAUAAAGGGCCUCCAGGACGCGAAUAAUUGGUCUGCCCACGGAUUACAUUUUCCAUUCGUCAUAACGCUAGAGAAUUGGUUGACAAUAAAAGAAUACGUCACACAGUUAGCGUGUAGUGUAAAAACGCAAAUGUGUAUACCGUCGUCAAGUUUCCACUAGUAGCUCCGGUAGAAUACGACUUGUUGAGGGUAGUGCCCUUGCCGGUGCACGACCACGAUAAUGUUUUUAAGGUGGCACAAGUAAAGUUCGAGAUAGUUGCAGUAGAUGAAAAUAAACAAACAUACUCUGUUGUAAAAGUGAGUUAGUUAGAGAAAUGUAAAAACGUUGGAAAUAGUUAUGUCUGCGAUAAUAUAGAAUCGGUGUACAAGGUACACGCGGACGCACCAUGCGAGGUGCAGGCAUAUGUUAGUAAUUCAGGAGAAUUUUCCAAUUGUAAAGAGGAAACUGUGGUUUCGAAUCACACUAUGUGGAUAAGGCUAGAAAAAGCGCGUGUAUGGCUGUACUCAACCCCGAAAAGCGAGUCGGUGGUAAUAUCGUGCGAAAACAGAAAAGAAGCAACGGAAAUUGUAAACGGAGUCGGAGAGAUAAAAUUGUCGGAAAAAUGUAAGUUAGUGACGUCCAGUGUAACGAUUCGCACCAACAAGGUGAUGGACGGUGAACAAAUUAACACGUAUUUGCCACGAUUCAAUCUUUCGGUGUUAAAAGCAAAAGAACGAACGGUUGGUGAAGAACCGGUAGUGUUAGAAAGCAUAACACAGAAUAAAACACAAAUUGAGAAAAUAAAAUCAGAAGUAACGGAAGUAACGGACGAAAUAAAUGAGAGUUCGUUUUUUGAAAAUCCGCAUCUUAUCUAUCCGACUACGUCAGGUGUUACGAUAAUAGUAGUAAUUGUUGUACUAAUUAUAUAUAAAAUAAUAAAAAAUAAAGAAAAAGCAGGAUUGGCACGCGGCGCCGUGAGGUCGCGUA